GUUAAAUCACUUUUUAGUUGAUCAAAAGUAAUCAAACAUCAAAGUUAAUCAAAUUAAAUUUAAUCAACCAUUGAUUUUGUGAGUUUCCAACUUAAACCAAGUCACAAUGAGAGUACCAAUUAUCUUAGUUUUGAUAAUCAGUUUUAAUUUAUUUCUUCAAAUUGUCUCAAUCAACGCAGAGGAUUUUGGUUCCUCAGCCGAUGAAGUUGAGGCUCGUGGAAUUUUGUCCUCUCUCGGCGGUGGACUCCAUGAGAAAUUACGGAAAUUUGUGACCACCGUCAAGGACAUUUUGCUCGGACACCACAAGAAAAUCGGUGGAUUUCAUUACCGAUUAAAAGAUUGUUUCGAAAAGAUAAUCGCUUUGGAGAAAAAGUUAUAUGGAUUAAAGGGUGAGUCCACUUCGUGUCCAGAUAUUAGUGUGUUGGUUGAUAAAGUGAAGGAAAAACUAUACGCCAACGAUUAUACCGUUAAUCCUCAUGAUGUCCAGUCGAUGGCCGGUUAUUUGCAAAGUCAUUUGAAAAGUUUGGACGCUCGAUUACAACAAGAAAACAAAUAUCUUAAUCUCGCCUACGAACACAUUAAAUACUUACAGAACUAUAAUCCCUCCGCUAAUUACCCACCUCAUCCUCCUCACCCACAACCAGCUUAUCCUCAACCACAACCUUAUGGUGUUAAUUACAUGAAACAACCUCAAGUUAAUCCAUCAAUCAAGAUGAGAGAUGGAAAUUCAAACGCCAACAUCAACAACCAAUAUUAGAAUUUCAUCAACAUUUCAUUUAGAUAACAACAAACAGCAACAACAAGAACAACAACAAUUAAAUCAGCUUCAAUUGUGAAAGAACAAGUAUUUUGUUAAUUAUUAUCAAUUAAAUAUCUUUUUUUCUAACUUAAAAAAAAAGAAUAUCAAAUUUU